GGUGUCAUUGUCUCAGCAGGUGAAGUGUGGCCAGUCUCGAAGGGUCCAGCAAGGAUGCCUUUCCUCCACCCCGCAGUUUCUAAAGCUAAAGCGCGGCAUGUGGGACCGCGCCGUGAGCCCAGAGGAGUGCCCCCAGCGCAGACAGCACAGCCUCGGUCAACCAGAAACCAGCCCCCAGCACCCCUCUGCUCUGUGGUCCGUGCUUGAAGGGAGGGGCUGCCCUUGUCCCCUGAGAGAAGGCCAGACGUUCCUGCGGUGUGGACGAGGGGCCGUGUGACUCUGGUCAUCUGCCCGGGAGAGCACCAGGAGCCGCCAGCAUCGCUAGGAGCCCGAAGCCGAGGGACGAACAGAGGAGGAACGGAGGGCUGCGGUGGCCUGCGGGUCAGUGGGACGGGGCAGGUGGAGUGGAGACUGAAGCAGGCGCGAGCAGAGGAAGAAGGAGAGGCCAGAGGUCCGCCCGACCCCCCGCGAGCGUCUCCCCACCUGGGGACCAGCCGGCCUCCGCAUGGCCUCCACGCAGGCUGCCGGGAGGAGCCCGGGGGAGAAGCGCAAGAGGGUGGUGCUGACGCUGAAGGAGAAGAUGGACAUCUGCGCGCGCCUGGAGAAGGGGGAGAGCCGGAAGGUGCUGAUGCAGGAGUACAACGUGGGCAUGUCCACCCUGUACGACAUCAAGGCCCACAAGGCGCAGCUGCUGCGCUUCUUCGCCAGCUCGGACUGCAACCAGGCGCUGGAGCGGCGGCGCACGCUGCACACGCCCAAGCUGGAGCACCUGGACCGCGUCCUGUACGAGUGGUUCCUGGCCCGGCGCGCCGAGGGCGUGCCCGUGUCGGGCCCCAUGCUCAUCGAGAAGGCCAGGGACCUCUACGAGCAGAUGCAGCUGACGGAGCCCUGCGUCUUCUCCGGCGGGUGGCUCUGGCGUUUCAAGGCCAGACACGGCAUUAAGAAGCUGGACGCGUCCGGCGAAAAGCAGGCGGCCGACCACCGAGCGGCGGAGCAGUUCUGUGGCUUUUUCCGGAGCCUGGCGGCCGAGCACGGCCUGUCCCCCGAGCAGGUGUACAACGCCGACGAGACCGGCCUCCUGUGGCGCUGCCUGCCGCAUCCCGGCCUGGAGGGCGCCCAGCGGAGCAAGGACAGGCUGACCGUCCUGAUGUGCGCCAACGCCGCCGGCUCGCACAAGAUCAAGCCCCUGGUGAUCGGCAAGGGCGGCGGCCCCGGCGCGCUCCGCGGCAUCCAGCACCUGCCGGGCGCGUACAAGGCCCAGGGCAGCGCCUGGGUGGACAAGGAGAUCUUCGCCGACUGGUUCCACCACAUCUUCGUCCCCUCGGUGCGGGAGCACUUCCGCGCCGUGGGCCUGCCCGAGGACGGCAAGGCCGUGCUCCUGCUGGACGGCGCCCGGGCGCGCCCGCGGGAGGCGCAGCUGCUUUCGGACAACGUGCUCACUGUGUUCCUGCCCGCGGGCGCCGCCGCCUCCGUGCAGCCCAUGGACCAGGGCAUCCGGCGGGACUUCCUGAGGAACUUCGUCCGCCCGCCCGCCGCGCUGCAGGCGGCAGGCGAAGCGGCGGCGCGUGGCCCUCAGGGCCGUGGUCAAGCUCGAGGACCCCCAGGAGCUCUCCCCGCUGCCCUGCUCCUCCGUGGCGGCCGAGGACUGACGGCUGGGGCGCUGCAGGGCCGGGCGGAGCUGGCCCAGGAGGCUGGGCGCCUGGGGUGGGGUCUCAGUGACCUGGGGCGGCCCUUCCCGCGUGUCCUGGUCCAUCGCGGGCUGACCGUGUUUUCUGUCCUGGCGCGUGAACCCACGGGUGCACCCAGCCGCACCGGCCUCCCGCCCGUUCCUGCUGGGACCACAGAGUGCGGGGGCCGCACGCCGCGCUGGCCCGACAGAGUCCCUCCCCCGCCAGUGCAAGCAGGACCAGCCCCCAGGGCUGCCCGCCGCCGGCGGGUCUGGUGUCCCCUGGGACUGUCCCCCGGGACUCCACGCUUCCUACCUGCGUGCUGUCGAAGCUCAGGGCGUUCUGAAGCGAGCCCCGGGCUGUGCCCGCACGACAGGCACUGCAAUGAGCUGCCUAGGUUUCUGGUGACACUUGAACCCCCGUGUCGGGCUCUUCACGCCUCGGUGGCGCGUGUGGGCCCCAUCUGGCCGUGGGAAGACGCGGUCGCUCCUGUGUCUGCCGGCCGCCUCCAGCCUUGCCUCUCAUCGGUCGUGCUCCCCUCCUCGCGGGUGCUCUCCCCGCUGCACCCCUGCAUUCACGGCCCGGCCACCAAGCGGGCUCAGCGUUUCCCUUCCUCCGCUUGCUGUGCGUCGGGAGCCACAGGAAGUGCAUUCGCCGUGCAGGCAGCCUCCCGAUGUGUUUGCGUCUUUCUGGACACAGGUGACAGCCGUGCGUGCUUCCGGGGUGCGUGCGAAGGUCGGGGACUAAGCGCAGGCUGUGGCAAGAGUCUCGUCGCCAAGUUCGUGGGCCACGUCUCUGUGCUGCUGUCGAGUCACGGCUGCCUGCGGCGUGGGGGCGCCGGAGGCCAGCGGCGGGAGGCUGGGGCCAGCGCUGCCGGCGGAGGGGAGAAGCCGGCCCACCGCCUGCUAGACCAGCGGUAA